CCCUUCGAGAACGCCAUCACCGUCAACACGGCCCUCGCGGCCUUCGGCAUCGGCACGCGGCAAAAGUCGCUCACGCCGUCGGGCCUCGCGCACGCCUGGGCGCUCGGCGUGAUCCUGCUCAGCUCCUUCGUCGGCUGGCGGGGCUACAGCCUCUGCGUGCUCUACCUCGUCGCCGGGUCCGCGGCGACGAAGGUAAAGCAGGCGGAGAAGGACGCCGCGGGCAUCGGCGAGGGCCGCGGCGGCCGCCGCGGGCCCGAGAACGUCUGGGGCUCGGCGGCGACGGGCGCGGCCUGCGCGCUGUUGGGCCAGGCCUACCCGGCGCAGCGGCCCCUGCUCGCCGUCGCGUACGUCGCGUCCCUGGCGACGAAGCUCAGCGACACGCGGGGCAGGAAAAGAAUCGGCAAGGCCUACGGCAAGACCUGCUACCUGUCGACGACCCUGAAGCGCGUGCCCCCGGGCACGGAGGGCGCCGUGUCCCUCGAGGGCACGCUCGCGGGCGUCGCGGGGAGCCUCGUCAUCGCGGGCUACGCGACGGCCGUGGGCCUCGUGGCGCCCGCCAUGGUGCCCGUCGCCGCGGUCGCGGCCUUCGUCGCGACGACCUGCGAGUCCUGGCUCGGCGCGACGCUCCAGGGCGGCAUCUUCACCAACGAGGUCAUCAACUUCAUCAACACGCUCAUCGGCGCCGUCGUCGCCGCCGCACUCGCG